AUUUAUUUAAAAAAGUGCUUCAUUUAAAAGGUUGGAAUCGUUCAAAGUUUUUCAUCAGAGACUAAUCACACAAUAACAUGAAAUAAGUCUAAUUUUCUAUUACAUAUACUGUAGUUAGACUUGAUCCUGUAUUCUGAUCGAUUCAUGGUCCAUUCCUUGAUCUUGUACAGCACAACUUUUGUGCCUUCGGGGUGGUCCAGGUCCUGCCAUCCUCUUGCAUAUAUCCUUGCCAAUCCAGCUCAAGACAUGUGCUUCCAGACAGUGAAGUAAGGGCAGGGGCAAGUGUGGGAUUUCUUGAUUUUGAAACUCUUCCUUCCUCAAUUAUAUAAGGAGGUUUUAAGCAUCGGAUUUUGAAGCAACAAGUGUGGAUUUCCUAGUCCCUGAUCUUUUUGGUGACAGAACUUUUCUCUCACGCAUAUUUAUUCUCUUACAAAGAAGAAGAAGCAAGAAGGGCUGAGAUACAAAGAUUAGAUUAAGAUAAGAUGCCUUGCCUUUAUAUCUCCACCAAUGUCAACCUUGAUGAAGUUGAUAAGGAUCCCAUCUUUUCCGAGGCCACAAAAGCUGUUGCUUCCAUCAUCGGAAGACCUGAACAUCUUGUGAUGGUCAUACUUAAAGGAACCUUGGGCAUAUCAUUCAAUGGAAACAAAGAACCAGCUGCGUACGCAGAGAUAGUGUCAAUGGGCGGGAUUACCAAACAAGUUAAGAGGAAUCUGAUCGCUACCCUUGGAACAAUUCUUGAGGCAAAGUUAUCCAUCCCCAGGGCACGAUUCUUCCUCAAAGUUUAUGAUACCACAGCUGCUGGCAACUGCUCCAAGUUGUAACUUCUGAUAGGAUGAUGGCCAUAGAGUUUCAUCAUGAGAUGCUUUCGAUGAAGGGGAAAAAGAUGGAACUUUUAGUCCUUCUUUACCACUCGAUUCACAUUUUGUGGAUGAUGGGUUGAUAUUGGGAUGGAGUUUGGACCAAAUGCAUUUGUUUUCCAUUGAGAGCAGCACGAUAUCAUGGGUUCGGUGGAAAUCACAGUCCACCAUUUUUGUGGAGGAUAAAGUGUUCUAAGAAAGUGACUUGGUAGCUGAAUUGGUGGAAAUCACAGUCCUUUACCUCAAAGUCCCAUUUGUUUAAAAAAGUGCUUCAUUUAAAAGGUUGGAAUCGUUCAAAGUUUUUCAUCAGAGACUAAUCACACAAUAACAUGAAAUAAGUCUAAUUUUCUAUUACAUAUACUGUAGUUAGACUUGAUCCUGUAAUCUGAUCGAUUCAUGGUCCAUUCCUUGAUCUUGUACAGCACAACGUUUGUGCCUUCGGGGUGGUCCAGGUCCUGCCAUCCUCUUGCAUAUAUCCUUGCCAAUCCAGCUCAAGACAUGUGCUUCCAGACAGUGAAGUAAGGGCAGGGGCAAGUGUGGGAUUUCUUGAUUUUGAAACUCUUCCUUCCUCAAUUAUAUAAGGAGGUUUUAAGCAUCGGAUUUUGAAGCAACAAGUGUGGAUUUCCUAGUCCCUGAUCUUUUUGGUGACAGAACUUUUCUCUCACGCAUAUUUAUUCUCUUACAAAGAAGAAGAAGAAAUAAGGGCUGAGAUACAAAGAUUAGAUUCAGAUAAGAUGCCUUGCCUUUAUAUCUCCACCAAUGUCAACCUUGAUGAUGUUGAUAAGGAUCCCAUCUUUUCCGAGGCCACAAAAGCUGUUGCUUCCAUCAUCGGAAGACCUGAACAUGUAAACACUCUCUAUCCCUCCAACUCUCUUUUCCUUCAA